AUGGCGCACCGGGGGCCCCCGCUCGCCCCGAAGGGCCCCGGCCCCGCCGCCCGAGCCCCGAGCCCCGGGGCGCCGCCGCCGCCGCGCUCGCCGCGCUUGCGGCCGCUCCUAGUGCUGCUGCUGCUGCUGGCCGCCUGCGGGGUGGCGGGGCGCUCCCCCGAGCCCGGGCGCCUGGGUCCCCGCGCACUGCUGACCCGGGCGCCACCGAGCACGCCCGCGGGGCGCGCGCUGCCUGGCGGCGGCGAGGACACACAGGCGCACGGCGCGGAGCCCGGCGCCCCGGGUCUCGGUCCCGCUCCGGGUCCCGGCGGGGACGGCGCCCCCGCCGCGGGCCGGGGGCGCCGGACGCGGGCGGCGCCCGUGGCCGGAGCGGCUUCGCGGGCGCAGGUCUCGCUCAUCAGCACGUCGUUCGUGCUCAAGGGGGACGCGACGCACAACCAGGCGAUGGUGCACUGGACGGGCGAGAACAGCAGCGUGAUCUUGAUCCUGACGAAGUAUUACCAUGCAGACAUGGGGAAGGUUCUGGAAAGUUCUCUGUGGCGGUCCUCGGACUUCGGGACGUCCUACACCAAGCUCACGCUCCAGCCCGGUGUCACCACGGUCAUCGACAACUUCUACAUUUGCCCGACGAACAAGAGAAAGAUCGUCCUGGUGAGCUCCUCGCUCAGCGACCGGGACCAGAGUCUGUUCCUCAGCACAGACGAGGGGGCCACCUUCCAGAAGCAGCUCAUCCCCUUCUCAGUGGAAACGCUGAUUUUCCACCCCAAGGAGGAGGACAAGGUCCUGGCCUACACCAAGGAGAGCAAGCUCUACGUAUCAUCGGACAUGGGGAAGAAGUGGACACUUCUGCAGGAGCGAGUGACCAAAGACCACAUGUUCUGGGCUGUGUCUGGGGUGGACGCCGACCCUGACUUGGUCCACAUGGAAGCCCAGGACCUUGGAGGAGGGUUUCGCUAUGUCACCUGCCAGAUCCACAAUUGUUCCGAGAAGACGCUGACGGCUCCGUUCCCAGGCCCCAUUGACCACAGUUCUCUGACCGUGCAGGACGAUUACAUCUUCUUUAAGGCAACCUCAACAAACCGGACCAAAUACUACAUCUCUUAUCGUCGCAGUGAAUUUGUCCCGAUGAAGCUGCCGAAGUACGCACUGCCAAAGGACCUGCAGAUCAUCAGCACGGACGAGAGCCAGGUGUUCGUAGCCGUGCAGGAGUGGUACCAGACGGACACCUACAACCUGUACCAGUCGGACCCUCGCGGCGUGCACUACGCGCUGGUGCUGGAGGACGUGCGCAGCUCCCGGCAGGCGGAGGAGAGUGUGGUCAUCGACAUCCUCGAGGUCCGAGGGGUGAAAGGAGUCUUCCUGGCGAACCAAAAAACCAACGGGAAGGUGGUGACACUUAUAACCUACAACAAGGGCCGCGACUGGGCUCACCUGAGGCCGCCAAGCACGGACAUGAAUGGAAAACCCACCAACUGUGAGCCGCCGGACUGCCACCUCCACCUGCACCUGCGAUGGGCAGACAACCCCUACGUGUCAGGCACCGUGCACACCAAAGACACUGCCCCGGGCCUCAUCAUGGGCGCAGGUAACCUGGGCUCACAGCUGGUGGAAUAUAAGGAAGAAAUGUACAUCACGUCAGACUGCGGCCAUACCUGGCGGCAGGUGUUCGAGGAAGAGCACCACGUCCUCUACCUGGACCACGGCGGCGUGAUCGCAGCCAUCAAGGAUACCUCCAUCCCCUUGAAGAUCCUCAAGUUCAGCGUGGACGAGGGCCUCACCUGGAGCACGCACAACUUCACCAGCACCUCCGUGUUUGUGGACGGGCUGCUGAGUGAGCCGGGGGACGAGACGCUGGUCAUGACGGUCUUCGGCCACAUCAGCUUCCGGUCCGACUGGGAGCUGGUCAAGGUGGACUUCCGGCCCUCAUUCUCCAGGCCGUGCGCGGAGGACGACUAUGGCUCCUGGGACCUCACCGACCUGGAGGGCGACCGCUGCAUCAUGGGCCAGCAGAGAAGCUUCCGGAAGAGAAAGUCCACAUCCUGGUGCAUCAAGGGGCGGAGCUUCACGUCGGCGCUCGAGUCCCGGGUGUGCAGGUGCCGGGAGUCGGACUUCCUCUGUGACUACGGAUUUGAGCGCUCCCCCUCCUCGGAGUCUGAUGCCACCAAGUGCUUUGCCAGCUUCUGGUUUAACCCCCUGUCCCCGCCAGACGACUGUGUCCUGGGCCAGACCUACAGCAGCAGCCUCGGGUACCGGAAGGUGGUGUCCAACGUGUGUGAGGGCGGUGUGGACCCUCGGCAGAGCCCCGCGCAGCUGCAGUGCCCGCUCACGCCGCCCCGGGGCCUGCAGGUCAGCAUCCGCGGCGAGGCGGUGGCCGUGCGGCCCAGAGAGGACGUCCUGUUCGUGGUGCGGCAGGAGCAGGGUGAUGUCCUGACCACCAAGUACCAAGUGGACCUGGGGGACGGCUUCAAGGCCGUGUACAUGAACCUCACACUGACCGAGGAGCCCAUCCGGCACCGCUACGGGAGCCCUGGUGUCUACCGCGUGUCCGUCAGGGCGGAGAACGUGGCUGGGCAUGACGAGGCCGUUCUCUUUGUCCAGGUCAACUCCCCCCUCCAGGCCCUCCACCUCGAAGUGGUUCCCGUGGUCGGCAUCAAUCAGGAGGUGAACCUCACAGCUGUGCUGCUGCCUCUGAACCCCAACCUCACCGUCUUCUACUGGUGGAUCGGCCACAGCCUGCAGCCCUUGCUCUCCUUGGAGAACUCCGUGACCACGCAGUUUGCAGAGACGGGGGACGUGCGCGUGACGGUGCAGGCGGCCUGUGGAAGCUCAGUGCUGCAGGACUCCAAGGUGGUCCGCGUGCUGGACCAGUUCCAGGUGGUGCCUCUGCAGUUUUCCAAGGACCUGGACGCGCACAAUCCCAACACCCCUGAGUGGAGAGAGGACGUCGGCCUGGUGGUGACCCGCCUGCUCUCCAAGGAGACCAGUGUCCCUGAGGAGCUGCUGGUGACCGUUGUAAAGCCGGGACUGCCCACCUUGGCUGACCUGCAUGUGCUCCUGCCCCCUCCCCGGCCCACAAGGAAGAGGAGCCUCCCCAGUGACAAGAGACUCACUGCCAUCCAGCAGGUGCUGAAGGCACAGAAGAUCAGCUUCCUUCUGCGGGGCGGGGUCCGGGUCCUGGUGACCAUGAGGGACACGGACACAGACUCGCAAAGGCUGGGAGGCACUGGCGGCUACUGGGCAGUGGCGGUCCUCUUGGUCAUCGGACUCUUCGCAGUGGGCGCGUUCAUCCUCUACAAGUUCAAAAGGAAACGCCCCGGGAGGACCGUGUAUGCCCAGAUGCACAAUGAGAAGGAGCAGGAAAUGACGAGCCCCGUGAGCCACGGCCAGGGCGUCCAGAGCGUCAUCCAGGGGAAUCACUCCGGCGUGGUCCUGAGUAUCAACUCCCGAGAGAUGCACAGCUACCUGGUGAGCUGAUGUCCCCGUAUGCCCGCGCCCGGGACACUCUCCUCUGCGCAGUCUCAACCCCGGAGGGCACCGGUGCUGGGACCCGCAUCCCCUCAGAAACCUGCGGAAGCGCCACUUCCUCCAGCUGUCCCCACGCACGGUGACAGACGUCCCCUGUCUUCAGCUCACGCCCGCCCAGCCCACGAGACGCACGGGGGCACACUGCGCCGCCCCCCCCCCGCCCCUGAUCCCCUGGACACCAGGCCCACGGCGCCCCCACCCCGACUCUGGGCACUUCUCUGCCCCUGGCCCCCUGCGUGGCUGCCCCUGUUGCUGACACCCCGUCGCCCCAGCACGAGGCCCGGCCGCCCCGGAGACAGGGAGGCCAGCCUGCCCUGGCUGCCCGUCACUCUGCACCGUGGGCCCUGUCCCCGCACAGGGCGCCCGCAGAGGGCGCCGGAGUCCUGCUUUCUUGCUCAUCACCCCCAGGAGGGCGGCUCCUACCCGCAUGGCCUCCUUCCUCUGUUGCCCUCCAGAAUCCAGAAAGCCUCCGCCCCAGGCCCUCCCAACACCGCCCUCUGCGCCUUCCUCUGUCCCCCUCCUUUUAAACUGCAGAUGUUGUAAACACCUCUCUAGGCAGCUGUUAGCGUUUUGGGGGGUUGCCCCCUUCCCAGUCUCAUGGCCGGGCAGCGGCCAUCCGCAGAGCCCCCGUUCUCGGGAACCGUUUCUCAAGGGCCCAGCUCCCCUGCCUCUCCUGGCUCCGCUCCAUCCCUGGGGCCCAGAGGGCCCAGCGCUCUCCCAGCUUGCCCCCCACCCGCCCCGGCCCCCUAUGGCCCUCACACUCUCCAGGCUCCCCACCCGCCGCCAGGGUCUCCUCCUCCGCCGGGUGUGGCGGGCCCCCCCCCAGAGAUGCGCCAAGGGUCCUGUGCUUCCCAACAGUUUGAGGACCCCGGGUAGGAGCCCCCAGACUAGCCAAGGUUUUGGAUGGCAGGCGGGAAGGGCCAUCCAGGAGUGCGCCCCUCAUUCUGAAGAUGGAGAAGUUGAGGCCCAGAGAGGGCGUGAUUUUCCCCAAGUCACACAGCAAGACCAUAGCAGAGGUGCCCCAGGGACCAGCCCUCUGCCCCCCCUCACCCCCCCCCCCCAGCCCCGUGCAGCGAUUCCGCUCACUCACAGAUGCCUAGAAUCAGGGACGCUAGCCUCAGUCUACACAUGUGAAUAUAUGGGGAGAGAUGUUCACCUUUUGCCUUGAAACCGGAAGUCAGUAUUCUCCUCCCUCCCUCCCUCCGGCCCUCUGCCUCCCCCUGUCCCUCUCCCCUCCUCACCCUCCCUCUACCCCUCCUCCUCUCCCCUCCCAGGCAGGGCUCUCGGUGGCCCAGGGCCUUUCCCUAGGACAUGGGGACACCAGAGCCCCGGCGAGGCGCUCCCUGGCUGCUGGUGAGUCCAGAAUGCAGCCUCACGGGGCAUUAUCCCACGUCCCCUACAAGAGGACCAUGGCCUGCAGGAGGGGGGGCCCAGGGACGCACCCUCACACCCACGACAGCCCCCCACAUGCAGGAGUCCUUCAGUCUUUGUGUGUUACAAGCAGGGACUCUGAGACCGGGGGAGGAAGGGGUCACAGUGCAUCACAUGCCAGGUGGAGGAGGCCACCUGCUCACCAGCUGGGGCUCCUGGGCCCCACUCCAGAGGUCACCCUGUAAGUUGUUCUCAAGACCCUCCUCGGGGAAGGGCUGGGGCCCGAGGACCCAGGGACGUGUUUGCUGGUGUGGUCGGUGUGGGAAGAGGCCGGGGUUCUCCGGACCUUUGCCACCACCUCCCCCAGCCCGUUAGCAGUCUCCAAAGACCAGUUAGGGAGCCCUGUGUCCUGCCGUCUGCCCCCACCCAGCCUGCCCCACGAGCAUCAGACACACAGGGUCAGACACCUGUCAGCACCAUCCAGGUCCAAGGUCAAGGUCAGCAUGGAGUCCCCCUGGACACAGUCCCCCACCCUCCCCCCAGCUCACCAGUGCCUACGGGUGACAACCCUCUGACCUUCUUUGACCACUCGACUUCAUUCUCUCUGCUGUUUGGGUAGGGUUAUUGUUGUUUUCUUUUUCUCCCUUAGUUAUUUGUGUUUUUCUUGUAUUUUAUUAUUUCUAUUAAGACUAUUUUGAGUGUGUGGACCCAAGAGCCCGGGAAUCAGGUGGCAUCUGACAUAACCUUAUAUGUGUCCAUCCCCAUAACCAUAUAGAUCAACAUGUAGGUCUAUGGAUGAUCUGGGUAUACAUUUGCGGUUCUGCACAUUUGCUGGACAGGUGUAUACAGGCGCCUGGGAAUACGGUGUGGUCUGCCGUGGGCAGCUAAUGCUUCAUUCCACUGGGCUGCACCUAUACUUGGUAUAUGCACAUAACAAAGAUGCGAAAAAUUCUUUCUUAUUUUUCCUUUUUAAAAAUCAAUAAAUCAUUUGUGAUGCUUUUAACAAAGAUUAAAUGAAUAUA